AUGGCAACCUGUACUUUAUUCGAUAAUUUUAUUGCCGCUUCAACAUUCCGCUCAAUACAAAACUCUUUCUAUCAACUGUGCAUAGCACUCGACAUCGACCCCGCAGAUGCCAUCAACGUCUACCGAAGGCUACGCUUACUGAAUGAUUGGAAGGCGCAAAAGCUGUGGAAAUUGCUGGAUAAGAAAUGGGAACUUGCUGAAUAUAAGAAGCAGAAAGCUGGUGAACUGCUCAAUGUUCUCGUCAUAGGAGCAGGCCCAUGCGGUUUACGAUCGGCUAUCGAAUGUGCUUUGCUGGGAUGUCGUGUUGUUCUCGUGGAGCAAAGGGACCGUUUCAGCCGGAACAACGUUUUGCAUCUCUGGGAAUUUGUUAUCCAAGAUUUGAAAUCAUUAGGAGCCAAAAUUUUCUAUCCCAAAUUCUGCACCGGUAGCAUAGAACACAUCAGCAUACGUCAGUUGCAGUGUAUACUUUUGAAAGUGGCUCUUUGUUUUGGAGUUCAAAUCCAUGACUCCGUUACAUUUGUACAGUUGCUUUUCCCCAAGAAAGUAGAUAAUAUUGUUACGGGUUUUCGAGCCUCUCUAGAGCCUAAGGGACAUAUCCUUGCCGACUGUGAUAUUGACGUCUUAAUAGGAGCUGAUGGGAAGCGAAAUACUAUACCAGGCAAUGGUGUAGCAUAUAUUUUCAAUCAAGCAUUCUUCAAAGAGAUGUAUGCAAAGACAGGAGUUGAUUUAGAGAAUAUCGUUUAUUACAAGGAUGACACGCACUAUUUCGUGAUGUGCGCCAAAAAACAAAGUUUAUUGGAUCUGGGAGUAAUCCUUCAGGACAACGAUGAUGUCUCUCAGCUGCUGUCCAGUGAAAACGUUGACCAAGAAGCACUGUGCCGGUAUGCGCAGGCCGCGGCUGAUUUUGCCACUAACGGUUUGUUGUUGGCUCAGGUCACUAAGGAUAACAUGAACAAAGCUAUAAACAAGUACACAAUCGAUCCUAAGACUCGUUACGUGUCGCUGGAAUCAUCACUUCAGCCAGAGGACGUCGUUCAAAUUGUGAGCUCUGACAAUCCCAGAUUAGCACCCAUUGGACAACCGCUUACCAUGAAUAAUAGUCGUUCCGUGCACAUGCAACCAGCGUUGGGAACAUACUCGUUGUGGAAAUUCUGUCACCAGGCUCUUUCACCCUACAAACUGAAAAUGUUCGAUAUGGAUCUGUGUUGGAAUGAUGGCCGAGCCCUUGCAGCAUUAAUCGCCAAGUUCAGGCCUGAAUUAAUGGACUACUUUUCUGUUAUUGCUAUAGAGAGUAGUGAAACCAGGCUACAGCUGGUGUUCAAAGUCGUGGAGGAUGCCAUGGCAGUGAUCCCUCCGUGUACACCAUCAGAAUGGCCAUUUUUGGUGAAGGAGGCAAAGAUCAGCUACAUUGGUGAAAUAGUAGACAUUAUAAGAUGCGACAAAAAUCGCUUCAAGAGUCAGAUGGUAACGCCAAGGUCUCACGUUGUACAAAAGAGGAAGUUUCAGCAAACGGUUGGCUCUUCGAAUGUGAAGAGGUCGGAACCUAUCCAGAAACUAGCGGACAAUUUGAUGGGAUGUGCUUCAUUCAACCAUACUAGUGUGAUCACGGCGGCGAAAAAAGAACCGGUUUCGGCAUCGGUAGAGCAUCCAAGUUGGCAAGCGGAAAAUAUCAAUCCGAUCGGCAGGUCAAAUGAAGAAAAAGUGACUGUCACGCGCCGAUAUUCGUACAAAUCUGUGUCUGGACCAAAAGAAGAGGAUGCGAUGAAAUACACUCGGCGACCGGUUGAUCGUCUCAAUCUUGAGCUUCCUAAGGUAGAGAAGAUCAGUUUUGGCACUGUUCGCGACGAAUCAAUUCUCAAUCCACACGCAGAAAAAGAUAGCCGAGUGCAACGUUUGGCAGAGAAAAUCGCUAAAAAUGGCAUCGACGAACCGGAAAAGAACUUGGAGAAUACCGGCACGCGCGUGGUGCUCAAGGGAAAGGAGCCUAUAAUUGUUCAAGAUGAUAAGAGCAGUGCACCAGAACCCACAUUAUCCGCUCCGCCUAAGAAACUGAAGACUGUGGGGAAAGAACGUGAUGCUGUUGUAUUAAGGCCAGUGGCGCCUGUGCAGCCGAAGCGCCAUUUCUCAGCGCCAUCGAUGUCAGCACUUUACGAAAGUGUGAAUCCCAAUCGGCAAGAGGACUUGUCAGUUAUAUUCUUCUGCAAAACUCAUUUGCGUUUGCCGUUGAAGGAGAAGAUUGCGCGUAUAGAGCGUACCGCACGUUUACAAGAGAAGAAUAAUAAUCGCGAUGAAGAAUCUUCCGGUUUGAGCCGAGACAUCAGUUUACCCGUUCCUCUUAAUAUCGCAGCACCUAAGGAUACCGAACCAUCGAGGUACACAUUAUUUUGCAUUUCAAUU